AUGGCAAAUCCAUCGAUUUUUCCGCCUGGUUUCGAGAAAGCAGCAAAUGUGGCGGCCCCAAAGCCGGCGGACAGCACCCCAAUCCGCGUCAACCAUCACCAGGUGGAAGGGCUCGAAGGCAAACUGCCUGACCUCGAUAACUUGGCCCGCGAUUUUGCUAGGAGUGCGGCAGUCGACAUUCCAGGCCUUGGCGCUGGCAAAUCAGGUGUGCAAGCUUUUGAAAACAAGUCUCUGCCAUCGCAACCUGAGUCCGUCAUUCCUGUUUCACAAAUGCCAGGGUACAAGUUCGUUGUCCAAGUGCACAAACACUUCGCAGCACUUAGAGCCGGUAGCACCAUGUCCAAGGACACUUCCGAUCAUCAUUCCUCAGCCUGCCGCGGUCCAAAAAACACUGCGGUUUCCGAGGCAGUCGAAUCAGCGAUUGGAUCGGGUGAGGUCGUUUCGACUCGUGUUGCUGCUCCCGAAGGCGUUUCAGCUCCUUCUGUCAUUAACGCUGCUGAUCUUCCUGCAAACAUGCCGGGCGCCGCCGAUGCCGGUUCUGCUGGUGCUGCCGAUGCCGAUGCCGAUGCUGGUUCUGCUGGUGCUGUCGCGAAUGAUUGCGAGGACAAGGCCGAGACAGUGCGUGCUGGAAAGCGCAAGGCGGAUGAUGCAAACAACAACAUCGACACUGGGUCCGGUGAUAGCAACAAGGAGUCUCCAGCUCCACGCAAGAAAGGCAAGAAUAAUACCAAGGGUACAUAUGGUCCACGAGUCGACACAAGCCAGCCUGCCACCACCAGCGUAAUUGGCCCAUUCAUCCGCAAAAACGGUAUUCGUACCCAGGACCAAGCUUCCUUGCAGCAAAACAACGAAGACCCAAAUGCUCCGAAGUGGUCUCGCUUGCGGCCAUCUCUGCUCGACUGCACCGACCCCUACAUGUGUCCCGGGCCCAGCCUGAAUUGCUUCCACGCUUUCCAGAAUACGUCAAGCUACUGGCUCCAUGUCGAGAAUAAGCACGGAGUUCCGCGAGGGAAGAUCAACAAGCCCGAAUUCGCGCACAUCCGUGCCAUCUUCGAGCCUCAUCCGGAAUCUUGGUGGAUUGCUAGGGGCCAGGACACUACAUACCAGGGAACAGAAGGCAAGCAGAUCAACGCCCGUCGCCGCAUGAAAGCAGGAAUGCGCAGCAACGACCCAAACUAUGUGGAAGAGGUGUAUGUCCGGACUCCUGCUGUACGUCACGCUGCGACUGCGGCCAGAAAGACCGCCGAGAAGAAGGCCGAAAAGAACGCUGAGAAGAACGCUGAGAAGAAUACUGAGAAGAACACUGAGGAGGCCACUGAGGAGGCCACUGAGGAGGCCACUGAGAAGACCGCUGAAAAGACCACUGAGAAGUAG